AUGGGUAGAUUCGUGGCAGGAACUUCCUGUAUCGCCGGCUUCGCUCAACCGGCCGCGGGGCACGGAAUGGAACACGUUGCCCACGGCGACCGGAAAGUCCGCGAGACCAAUCGCUUGUGCUGGUCGUGCCCCGCGAACGUCGGCACCCGGCUGUACAAGGUGCCGUUUCUCUGCACCAGCUGUAUGGGUCGUGCCCAGGAUCUUCUUCAGUGCAAGGUGCUGGCCAAGAACGGGAGUUCUUUCUACGGCUCGCGUGAUCUAAAGACGACCCAAUACGCACUGUCGGAGGCGGCGUGUCAUGAGUGUUUCCUGCGCCACAAUUCGAUCCUGCACUACUUCAUCGACGCCAAGAAAGACAAGAAUGACGCCGCCUCGGAGGAUGACAGCCCA